AUGGGUUUGCCUCAUCUUGAUUCUACUCGAGUUCUCGGUGCAUCAAUGCCGACCAUUGGUUGCAGAAGAGAGGCCUUCAGAUUCAGAGAACAUAAGAAAGAUUAUGAGAGAACUUAUCAAGAGAUCAGAAGAGCUGAAGGUGAGAUCGAAAGGCGACAGAACGGUCCUAGGCAAUACCCUUGA